AUGACAACACAAAUAGUACUUCAUGACAAAAAACGCGUAGAAACCGAUCGAACCAGAUGCGAACGCGACUUAACCGUCACAGCCACAGAAAGAUGGAUGGGAAACUCGCUCGCGCGUGGUCUUUUAGGUGAUCGCCAAAGAUCUGAUUGGAAUUUUCGUGCGCUAACAACAGAUGCUGACGCCGAGCCGCUUGAUGAUUUGAGACGCUUUGGCGCAGAGGUUGUUGAAAUUAAUUAUGAAAAACAAGAGACAUUAGAAGAUUCGUUACGGGGAACCGAGUUCCUUAUAUUUAUCGCAGAAAGUGACAGAGAUCGUGUGAGACAAGCGGAAGCUUUGGCAAGAGCUGCUAGAAAAAAUGACGUCAAAGGAGUUAUUGUGCUCUCAGUUCGAGGAGCGGAUGAAAUAAAUACAAAAACUCACCGCGAUUUUCGAGAAAUAGAAAAAAUUUGGCAAGCACACGUACCAUGUGUUGCGAUAUUUAGAUCAUCAUUCAUUGAUCAAGGUUUUUUCAUUUGGUCACAAACCAUCAAAGAAGAUGGAUCACUCAUUAUGACACUUCACGAACGAGAUCCAUUCACACCGGUAAACCUUGACGACGUUAUCCGCGCCAUCCGAAGCCUAGCAUUCUACGAGGGGAAACUAGUCGACGCGCUCGACCGAAGAUACCAUCAAAAGAUUUUUACGUUGACUGGUCCAGAUGUUGUCACUCCGCGCGAUAUCGUCGCUGCUAUUAAUGCUGCGGUUAGACGAGAUAUUCAAGUAGAGUAUGAACGCGUAGAUCGAUACGAACUUUCCGACUACUUGAAGAAUUUGCAUAGAUAUGAAGAUGACGAUGAGUACGGUCGUGAACGUGGUCUCUCGCAACGAACGGCCGCGAUCCUUGCACAACGAGGAUUUGCACUUUUACAUGAAGCCAUUGCUGAUUUCAUUAAAGGAAACGAACGUACUUUGGAGAAAGGUGCAAACACGUUCUUUAACGGAAUCAACAUUCUUGAAUCUGCUCGGAAAUUCUUCGAUGACGCAAAUCCCACUGUCGACAAUAGAAACUUUUCCAUUAACAAAAAUUUUUCCGACCAUAUUCUGAAAAAUCAAUUCCAACAAAACACCACAUUAACCAAUAAACACCAUAUACGCGAUACCAUUGCAUUGGAACACUUGAAAUCAUUUGGUGUGGAGAAAAUCGCGACGUUGAAUGCGGUAGAACGACAUUCAGUUAUCGUUGAAUUAACCAAAGUUAUUGAGUCAUUUGAGAAAAUUUUAUUGCCAUCUACACUUCUUAAUCUUGAUAUUGGCGAUUAUUAUCCUCGUCCGUUUCUUCCGCUUUAUCACACCGAAGUUGAACUUAUGCAAGUAUUUGAAUUUUGA